AUGGAGGUAUCUCAGGGUGCCGUCUAUGGUGCUUUGGCUGCACUAUUGGCCAUGUACAUUCUCCGAUGGCGACGCAGCCCACUGUAUCGGAUCCCUACUCUUGGAGGGCCUUCUGAUCCAGUGCUAUCCUACUGGUCCGCGUUCAUCUAUCUCAUCAACAGUAGGCAUAUUCUUAGAGAGGGUUACGAGAAGUUCCAUGGUUCCGCCUUCAAAAUCGCUCUUCUCGACUCAUGGAUGGUAAUUGUGAACGGAUCAAAGCUCGUAGAGGAGAUAAAGAGACGAUCGGGAGAGGAACUUUCGGCGGUGGAAGAGACCGAAGAGUUCCUGCAGAUCCAAUAUAUUCUCGGUUGCGAGCCUCGCGACGAUCCUUAUCAUGUCGACCUGAUCAGCGGCAAAUUGACCAGAACACUCUCCGCCAUCCUCCCAGAGCUACUAGACGAGCUAAGGGUAUCCCUGCCAGAGUAUGUUCCAACCCAUGAUGAUGAAUGGGCCACGGUAGACGCCACUAUGACUAUGCAAAGAGUUGUCGCUCGCCUCAGUAACCGGGCCUUCGUUGGACUUCCCAUAUGCAGAGACAAAGAGUAUCUGAGGCUAGCAACAGCAGUAGCGAUGGAUUUCGUGAAAGACGGUUUCAUUUUGAAGAUGUUCCCUCAGUUCCUCAGGCCAGUCGUCGCAAUGUUGACAGGGAGUACAAAGCGUACAAUACGUCGCACUCUACCCUACCUGAGGCCGGUUAUCAGGGAGAGGAGGUCGCAGAUCGCAGAACACGGUCUGGGACCCGACAUGCCAGGAAAGCCGGGUGACAUGCUCCAGUGGAUUAUAGAGCAGGCAGUCCAGAGAGAGGGGGACGAUGAGUCGAUUGUCACAAGAGUCCUUUUGGUCAACUUUGCGUCUAUUCACACGGCGUCCAUGAGUAUCACACACGCCCUGUACCAUCUUGCAGCAGCUCCAGAAUACGCUGAACCUCUUCGCGAAGAGGUUAUGUCGGUCACAGAAGCACAUGGAUGGACGAAGGCUGCCAUGGGCAGGAUGUGGAAGCUUGACAGCUUUCUCAAGGAAUCCCAGCGGUACAACGGCAUCGCAUUAACUACUAUUGGACGAAAGGCAAUCAAAGAUGUCAUUCUAAGUGACGGCACGGUCAUUCCCGCAGGCACUAGGGUAGCCUCGAACACAUACGGGAUGCACUUCGACAACGCAUACUACCCCGAUGCUGACAAGUUUGAUCCUUUCCGCUUUUUGAACAUUCGGAAAGUCCAGGGCGAAAGCACAAAGCACCAAUUAGUGAACACGUCGAAUGAUUACGCGGCCUUCGGUGUCGGACGACAUGCCUGCCCUGGGAGAUUCUUUGCGGCCAUAGAGCUGAAGGCGAUGCUCGCGUACAUUGUGCUCAACUACGACUUGAAGAUGUCUGGGGAUGGGGCACGCCCCCCGAACAUGUAUAUUGGCCCCACUGUCCUACCGAGCAUGAACGGCAAGAUUUUGUUCAGAAGACGUCGGACAACAGGGACUUCAUAA